AUGAAAAACAACCAAUUUCUGUUGCAAAGGACGAAAGGUGGCAACAACCCUCCUCACAUAACUGCUAAUGAUGAUGCUUAUGCUCUCAACAGCAACAACAACAACAACAACAACAACAACAACAACAACAACAACAACAACAACAACAACAACAACAACAAUAACAACAACAACGACGACAGCACAGACUACAAUGAUACCUUCUUGGAUCCAGUAUCCACUCUCCAUGCAACUUCAUACAAAAGUCGACAACUGAUGACUGCACCGACGCAGCGACUUCACAGAUACUCAACAUCCAUUUCCCAGUCUCAGCAAACACCACAUCCACAACAACAUCAAUUGGAUUACUAUACUAACGACCACUUUUCAAGAUCCUUCAAUAGCUUGAUUUUGGAUGACAACAAUUCCACCAAUGCUACCACCGCUGCUGACAAGAUAUUUUUGAAAAAGACAAUAAACAAGUCACCACCUUUCAACGUCAAGACAGACUAUUUCAAUGAUAGCAUAGAUACGUUUCUUGAUCAUGACGAAGUAUGCAACGAAACAGAUAUUGAUGAAGAGGAGGAAGAAGAGGAGGAAGAAGAGGGAGAAAACGAUGACUUUAUUAGUGAAGUUGAGGACAGAUUUGAAGUUCAUGACAAACAGGAUGCUCUCAAAAUUACUCCCGAGAAGAACUCUAAUGACCUCCUACAGCCAAGCCCAACUACAACACUAAAUCAACAAUUUAGGAGACCAUCCCAAGGAUGUGACCCCUCCAACUCGAGUGCACGGAAUUCACAAAGUUCCAUCAAGCGGUCUUCAAAAUACAUCAACUUAUCAAUUGAUUCUAGUCUACGAACCUUAGACAGGGCAAAUACGCCGGACGAAAUUGAUAAGAUAAGUUUGAGUGAAAUUGAUGUCAAAGUCAACAAUCAGUCAUCUCCUGCAUUAUCCACAUCACGCAAAACCGAUGGUCUGCUACGACCUUCUACGAAUCAUCUGUUUAAACGGCCUCACAAAUUCAUUAGUCAAUCACCUUCACCUUCUUCAACAAAAGUAAAAUCGACGUUAUCAUCGUCAUCACCACAAUCGAAUUUGCAAUCGCCAUCUCAACUUGGAAUAAAGCACUUCAAGAGCUAUGCCAGCAAACUUGAUGAGAGCACAAUAUCUCCAAUUCGAAACCGAAAUGUAGAAAGUCCACUUUCCAAAACGCAUUUCUUUGGUCAAGCUCAUAAACUCCGCAAGCCCAAUGCACCCCCACCAAUCACGCACUCAUCGAGGAAGAAUCUACAACACGGAGCCUGUGCCACUGAUUUUGAUAAUGACGCUUUAGAAAGUCCAUCCAAAAACAGGAAACCAUCCAAUUCGCACUCACAAGCUUCAAAUAUCAAGUAUCAGGGAAGUCCCAAGUUGACAAACAAGAGAAACACCACCACAUUCAAUGACAAAGAAAACAGUGAUCUGUUUCGAUUCGUCAAGCCAUUGCAAAUUGCAUUUUCUUCAAAUGGAUUAAUGAAGAAGAACAUGGUUCAGCAUACGACGACAAAGCCACCUCCUGAAACCCCCAUGAAGAGAAACCCAUUGACGAUGAUCAAUACCAAUAAACCGCUUAAUUUAAAGUUUGAUUAUGAUAGUGGUAACCUAUCACAUAUAAGCGAGCAAGAUGAACGCAAUAAACCAAUCGAAAUAGGACGCGACAAUGGUGGUAGUGGUGAGCACUCAUUGAACUUGAGUGAUAUUCAUCUGUCACAUUCAAAAUUCAAGCCGUCUCUAGCGAGGUCAAACAAGAACAUCACUCCUCAUUACCAAGAUUUGGAGGUGAUCUUUACUUCAGAUAUAGAGUUGGAUGAAGACGAAGAGGAAGAAGGAGUAAUGGUGCCAGAAACACCAACAAAGAAGCAUUUUGCCCCGCUGUAUCAACAAGCAACAACAACAGCAGUGACGACGACAUCAUCAACAACAUCAACAGCAGGAGUAGCGGCAGCAUCAGUUCCUCCGUCGGUGGAGCCAGUGGACAUGCCAGCGCCAACUUCGCGGGUGGCAGCAGCUUUACUGCCUACGACACACCUUAAACGUUCUCCAUCAACAAAACUCGGUCGACUCGAUAAGCUACAAUUGAAUUAUGGUUCAAAGGGUUACAAGUAUGGCACUCCAUCUACACCGAUACAUUGGGGAUUUGACUUUGCAGACAAGGACUCUGUAUUGAAGGAUGGCCCAGUGGAGCUACCUCCAUUGAAUGAGAACGACCAGUUGCAAUUCAGCAAUCCUCACCAUUUUUCAUACUCAUACCCUUCCAAAAUCGAUGAACACUUGAUUAGCAAGUUUGGCAUGAAGAAUCUAAAGUACAUUGGACAAGGUGAGUUUAGUAUAGCUUUUGAAUGUGUUUUCAAUGAGGAGAAAUUUGCCAUAAAGAGGACGAAAAAGCCAGUAACUGGAAAAUUGGACAAACAAACGAUAAUGAGAGAGAUCGAUGCAUUGAGAACACUUUCAAGUAUCAAAGAUGAUGAUGAGGAGAACUUGAAGGAAGAGCAACAAGGUAAGGAGAAUUUGGUGUACUUUAUUGAAGCUUGGGAUUUCAACAAUUAUUAUUACAUAAUGACGGAGUAUUGUGAGGGUGGUACAUUGUAUGAUUUUUUAGAGGAUAAUAAGCACUACAAGAUUGAUGAGUACAGGAUAUGGAAAAUGAUUAUUGAAUUGGCGAAUGGGUUACGUUUUAUCCAUCUGAAGGAUUAUGUUCAUCUUGAUUUGAAACCGGCAAACAUUUUCAUCACUUUUGAAGGAUAUUUGAAAAUUGGUGAUUUCGGGUUGGCGACAAAGUUACCCAUAUUGGAAAAAGAUUUUGAUUCAGAAGGGGACCGAAAUUAUAUUGCUCCUGAAUUGAUUGAUGAUAAGAUAUACACACCGUUUGCAGAUAUUUUCAGCCUUGGUUUGAUCAUUUUGGAAAUUGCUGCAAAUAUAAUCUUGCCGGAUAAUGGAACACCAUGGCGCAAAUUACGUAGUGGAGAUUUGAGUGAUGCUGGACAAUUGUCGAGUGAUAAUAUUUCCAUGUUUUUGCAGCAUAAACCAGAGACUAGCAGUUCGUCAAAUACAAACUUUAGUUCCUCUGCUCAUUCAUUAUCGUUGAACUCGCAUUUCAGAUCUAGGUCAAAUUUGGAACAUCGCCAACAACAACAACAACAACAACAACAGCAGCAGCAGCAGCAGCAGCAGCAGCAACACCAACAUGAGCAACACGGUCUCGAGGAUGAUAACACUGUUGAUUCCGUGUAUGGUUUGAUACCUUCUUGGGCCCCGCCUUUUCUUGUUGGGGACUCCAAUGCGUUGGAUGUGUUGGUGAAUAAGAUGUUGAAACCUAAUCCUUUUGAGAGACCCAGUGCUAGUUCUAUUUUGGAAAUGGAUGAGUGCGUUUUUAUCGAAAAUAGGAGGAAAUGUGGAGCUACGAUUUUUGAAGGUGAGUUUGGGAGUCCACCUGAUGAUGACACGACACAAUAG